AACUUCCUUACAUGCAUGGGAUCAUGAGCCCUGCAACCUCAGUCAGUAAAUUUGAACGCGUAGCACUUGUUUAUUAUUCCUCCUCCUACCUCUCGCAAUCUUGUGUUGGGGAGCCCCCUUAUUCUCUUGCUUCUUGUGCAAGUUCUCUUGAUCGAAGGUGAAGCGUCUCAAUUGUGUAGUCAUCAGGCUAUUUUUGGUGCAUACGAAUGUUUCCAAGUGUUUGUUGCGAAGGAUCGAAUAUAAGCUGAAUCUGCAACUUUAGGUACGAUUUCCCGUCGGACUGGCACCGUGGAGGAGUUGUAGAGAUGAGUAAAGAAAGCCGCAAGCCGCGUUGAAUCCCUUCUCGCAACAUUUGAAGAUCGUUACUCUGGCAAGUUCGGAACCCUGAACUACACUCCUUGCCUACAUUGCAAUUUCGGGUCUUGUGGGUAAUCCCGAAAUGUCCUCAGGCCGCAAGACGUGUGAUUCCCAAGUCAUGAUUUCUUAGUGUUACCCUCUCUCCUAGCAUGAUCACUCUUCAGUAUUCCCUGGAAGUGUUUGCAGAGAUUACCGCAAACCCAAGCAGAUUAGCGAAGCUAGAUUUUGGAAAUAUUUCUGGUAAACUUGUAGUUCACUGUGGAGACGCACUCGUGGGCAUUGUCUGUUAUUGACCCACUUUGUAGAAGCCCGUGUAUAGACUCGUAGGAAAAUCUCGGGCGUUGGGUAUGUUGGAAUCAUCGCGAGUCACAGAUCGACCAAGCAGGUCAUCCCCAAGAAGCCCACACGGUUAUGAACCGACUCCCGGUCGUGCGUAUCCGGAUUCCGUGACUGGAACAGGAAUUCCGUCAAGAGCUCCUCUUCACCCUCUUCUCGACUGCUCAAGCUCACAGGUAUCCGCAGGCGCGAUGGCGAAUCCAACUCCAUUGUCCAAUGGCUUUGAGCCAGCACCUGAUGUUGUUCUUCGGCCUUCAGGAUUGCACUUGGCUGGGAAGGUCUUUAAGAAGCUGAUGAAAUUGAAGGCGAGGUCUGUCAUCUGCGGGUCUGGUUGCUUCCCUAUAGAGUGCACAUCUCGCGUCGUGAUGGAAGAGCACAGAAGGCGUUGCAGCUCAUUGGACGUGGACGUGGAGCGUUGUUACGACUCCGACGAGCACAGCGCGGGGUUUGUUAGCGUCGGCGAUCAAGCAGGUACACCGAAUUCGUCGUCGAGCAUGAGUUCCGCAUCGUUCGAGUCGUUGGCUGCCUUAAGCACCUCUUGCAGUGCAUCGAGCGGCACUCCACCACUGGCAGCUCCUGCCUCUUCGAAAUCUGGCUCACAGAUAAUGGCCAACAUGCUUCUCUCUUUAACCGCAUUGAACAACGAGGAGCUCUUAGAGGAAGACGGCAAGGCAGUCUUUCAAGAUGACGAGGAAUUCCUAGACGGUCCUCGAGAAUCCGCCUGGCACCAACCCGAGGAAGAGAUUUUGAACGAGCAGGAAUGGAGGAUGAUGCGCUACGGGCAUUUAGAAGAUCGAUAUCCGGUCACCACCACUGUGAAGCAGAACAUUAAGUUUAAAAGCUGGGACCUAUAUGUAGCAACGGGUAGAUCCAUUACCAAAUGCAGUUGCAAGCACUUGGUCACUCACGUUACGCACGAUAGUUCUUCCACAAUGAGACCAAAGCGUCGAACGAAGCUUAGCAUGUAGAUACAAACAGAAUAGUUUCUCCUUCUUUCAAGCUUGAUCCUUAUAAUAUUUCCUAUUGCAUGUCUCCGUUAGAAUUACAUAGAGUUAUAUAAGUGAAUCAUUACACGGAUACCCAAGUGUCCUUUAAUCCACACAUUGCCUGUUGUACGACGUCGUCUGGACAUGGUAGAUUAUGCACGAGUGCAGCUUAGGAUUAACAUCUCCAAAGAUUAGUGAUACGAGUUUUUGGUUCCGCUCAGUCGGUGUAAAUCACAGAUACAGAAACAAGGUUAUACUCGCCCCGGGUGUUGUACAUUCCAGUUCAAGUCA